AUGUCGCAGCCUUCGGAGCCCGUCGAGCCGGUCGCCGCACAGAAAGAGCCCGGCAGCGGCCUUCGAACACUUUCUGCCGAGGAUAAGCUGCGAAUUGGAAACCUCAUCAAGGUGCUGGCACAGGAGCGAAAGGACAAGGAGGAACUUCAGCAGAUGCUGGGUCAACAGGCGAGCAAAAUGCAGGACAUGGAACAAGAGCGAGAUCGUUCCAGGAAGAAGGAAGCCGAGCUCGUUGGGCGUGUUGCCCGCUCACUCCGCUUGCUGAAGACAUGCCAGUCGCCUGCCGGACAAGGCCAAGGCCCGCGGGCGGGAGCCGACGACUCCAAGCAAAGCGACACCGUUCAGCAGCCCUCCCAGCCAAGGAGGACUCAGGACCCUCGCACCGCGCUCCAAGAGUCUGACUCAAGUCGUUGCAAUGCUCUUCAAGAUGCGGAGCCCCAGCACAUAGAUGCUGAGCUCUCCACCCGGCCGGCGAAAACCCUCAAGGUGUUUUCUUUGAAGCCCCCUCAGCUUUCGGUGCUUCAGCGCUAUCUCUCCAUCCAAGAGGAGUCUCACUGCGAUGCGGUGCCAAGCGCGAGUGGGCCUUUGCCGAAGCGGCAGUGGACACCCGAACGAGCGAGGCAUCCAGCUUUCAUGGCAGAUGCUGCUGUGCAGACACCGCCAAGCGCUACACACAGCCCUACAGAGAUCGGUGCAAGUUCACCGAGGCUUCAGAGUCGGGAGCCGGAGGAGCCGGAGGCUUCGCCACCGAUCGAGGUGAGCCCACGGCUCAGCCAUCCAAGCCCACAGCGGCUCCGGCUGGGAGCGCCGCGUAGAUGGAGACACAGGGAUCGCUGCAAGCUCGAGGCCAGCGAUCCCAACGACAACUCUGCAAGUACUAGCUCGUCGCGCCCCCAGGCAUUGCUUGCCAGUCCAGCCAUCAGCCGAGCGGACCUGCAACGUAGGAGCCGGGAGCCGGAACGGCUGGAGAGCCCCAGCCAGCUUCGUUGCUCCGAGGAGAGCGACGGAGCUUUGAGGCUUGGCUCACCGCUGCCGUGCACCAGGCAGAGGCAGGACCCGGGCUGCAGCUCUGAUCCGGGCCCGACUGGUCUGAGUUGGGCACCGUUGCACCUGGACAGCUACUACGCAGCAAACAUGUUUGAUGUGAUUGACUCCCUCGAAUCCAGCCCUUCAGCCUGGGCAACUGAGAAGGCCAGAAGUCAACCGGUGGCCAUAGCAGAGGAGCUCAGACGCCUGCAACGAGAACUCGUAGCGAUAGAACACCGAGUUCAGAAAGGCUCCAAAGUCGAGUCGGCGCUCAAGCCCGUGAAGCAGGCCGGUGAAGCAUCGUCUCCCUGGCUCAAGGCUGCAGCUGGACAUUGCAGCAGCGAAGACGAGCUGGAGCUGUCAAGGGAGAUUGAUGAUGUACUCCACCUCCUUCGAGAGAAGGUAUCGGACAAGCCUCUGGAAGUUUCCUCUGACGCGCAUCAACGCUUCUACUGA